GCGGGGACCCCGCGCUGGAGCUAUGCCGCGGGAGGAGGCGAUGCUUCGGCGCGCACCCAAACCGCGCUGCGCCCGCUCCUCCGGCGCCUCAGGGUCCGGCCACGGCUCCUCGGUGGGGAUGAGCCAGCCAGCGUAAGCGACACCAGAGGCGGCCCUCGGCGUGCGCAGGGGACGGAGCUGACCGCCCCCGUCGGGUUUGACUUGUGCUGAUUUUGGCCUGUGUUCCAGGAUGGUUUGUUCUUGGGACCAGACCUGACCAGAAGUUGACCUCAUGAGCAUCUCAGCCUCUCCAGCUGCCAUGCUCCUCCGGAGGCUGAGGCGGCUCUCCUGGGGCAGCACUGCUGUGCAGCUCUUCAUCUUAACGGUGGUGACGUUUGGCCUGCUGGCCCCCCUGGCCUGUCACCGGCUUCUGCACUCUUACUUCUAUCUGCGCCGCUGGCAUCUGAACCAAAUGAGCCAAGAGUUCCUGCAACAAAGCUUGAAAGAGGGUGAAGCUGCCCUCCACUACUUUGAGGAGCUGCCCUCCGCCAAUGGCUCAGUGCCCAUCGUCUGGCAGGCCACCCCCCGCCCCUGGCUGGUCAUCACCAUCAUCACCGUGGACAGGCAGCCUGGCUUCCACUACGUCUUGCAGGUGGUGUCCCAGUUCCACCGGCUUCUUCAACAGUGCGGCCCCCAGUGCGAGGGGCACCAGCUCUUCCUGUGCAACGUGGAGCGCAGCGUGAGCCAUUUCGACGCCAAGCUGCUGUCCAAGUACGUCCCCGUGGCCAACCGCUAUGAGGGCACUGAGGAUGAUUAUGGCGACGACCCUUCAACCAACUCAUUCGAGAAAGAGAAGCAGGACUAUGUCUAUUGCCUGGAGUCCUCCCUGCAGACCUACAACCCAGACUAUGUCCUGAUGGUGGAAGAUGACGCCGUUCCAGAAGAGCAGAUCUUCCCGGUCUUGGAGCACCUUCUGCGGGCUCGCUUCUCCGAGCCGCAUCUCAGAGAUGCCCUCUAUCUAAAGCUCUAUCAUCCCGAGAGGCUCCAGCACUAUAUCAACCCAGAGCCCAUGCGGAUCCUGGAGUGGGUCGGCGUGGGCAUGUUGCUGGGGCCCUCACUAACCUGGAUAUACAUGCGGUUUGCCAGCCGCCCGGGGUUCAGCUGGCCGGUCAUGCUCUUCUUCUCCCUGUACAGCAUGGGUCUGGUGGAACUGGUGGGCCGGCACUAUUUCCUGGAACUGCGGCGGCUGAGUCCUUCCCUGUACAACGUGGUCCCUGCUUCCCAGUGUUGCACCCCAGCCAUGCUCUUCCCUGCCCCUGCGGCCCGCCGGACCCUCACCUACCUGUCCCAGGUGUACUGCCACAAGGGCUUUGGCAAGGACAUGGCCCUGUACUCACUGUUGAGGGCCAAGGGGGAGCGAGCCUACGUGGUGGAGCCCAACCUUGUGAAACACAUCGGGCUCUUCUCCAGUCUGCGAUACAACUUCCAUCCCAGUCUGCUCUAGCAUGCCAAGAAAUGCCUUCCUGAAGUUGGCCACUUCUUGGACCAAAAUAUUGAGCUCUUUAUUUGGACAUGAUUGCUUGCAGAUAUUUCACUGUUUAAUGUUGCUAGGGGUAUAGGCACUGGGACAGCUGAGGAACAUACUAGUCAAGAACCUUGGGCUUGGUAAUGCUCUGGCAGGAGCAGCAGUUCACCACAGGUCCGGACCUCUCUCCCUCCACACAGCCACACUGCCUCAUGCAGUCUGACCCGCCCAGUGAGGGGGCAUUUAAAUACUAGCUGUAUUCUCUAGUUGUUUUCAGCUCUGCUUUCUGAUAGAGCUUGUGGCUGCCAAAAAUAUUGUGCACAGUGAUAUCACUGUUUUACGAUUUUAAGGGUAGAAUUUGGUGAAAGGUGAGAUCCUUUUGAAUUGAUUUCUUUCUCCUUGGGCAUGAGAAUGGAUGUAUGUUUAGAAUAUAUGUCCAAAAAUACAGGACCAUGUGGAUAGAUUCCAUUUGUUUCCUUGACCUGGUGUGAUAAAAGCUGUGCAAUGCCCAGCUUCUUGGAGGCAGGAGAUCUGGCUUCUGUUACCUGGAGUUUUCUUUUCCACACAUCUGUAGUGCACUGAUAAUCAGUAUUGUUCGUGAGAACUUUAAGCAAGAUCUGGAAGUGCCUUCUGGAUCAUCAAAGUCAGAUUGCUUAUGUUUUGUAAUGAUUUAAUAUUGAAGAUUUCUGUCACAUUCUGAUUCUUUGAAAAUUGGACAUUGCAGAAUGAUCUAGAAUGAGUGAGCUCUUUACUAAUAGCAGAUCCUUUCCCCUAACUUUGCUGGCUAACCAUUCAGCCUCAUUUCUUUUUCUUCUAGGUAGCAUGAUGUCAUAGAAGAAAAAGCGUGGACUGUGAGGUCGGAAGACCUGAAUUUUUAUUUCAGUUUCUGCCAUGUCCUAGUGGUUGAACUUGGGCAAGGCAUAACCACUCUGAGUCUCAGUUUCUUCACCUGUGAAGUGGGGAUGGUGAUAGAUACCUUUUAAAGUUCCUUGUGGAUUGAUUGACAGGAUGUACAUAAAACACCUAGCAAGUGCCUCGCCCGUAGAGGACACUUGGCAACUAUUUGUUCUUUUCUCUCCUGUAGUAAGUAUAUAAAACUCGAGUGUAUUUUGGAUAAAGAUGUUAGUGAUAUUGCUUAAAGUAUGAGGUAGGGCGUAGGGCUGACACCUGUGGAACAGCUGUUCCAGACCAAACGCUGCUAGAAUAAAGGCUGACUUUUCAUUUUGACCUCUGAAGGAUAUGCAGCUCAGCUUUCACCCAAGCCACCUCCAACCAAGCCAAAAAUAAGAAUUGUUCGUUCAAACUGGAAAUGAUCUGAGACUCCUCUUGAGCUUGUUCCAAGACUAGCAUCAGAAAGUUACUUUUCUCAAAAGUUACAAAUAAAUGUCCUUUGAUGAUACUUAUCAAACUGGGGCCAAGAAGUCCCUUGAUGAGGAUGGAUGGUCACAUUAGAGUUCAAGCAGUUGGUUUGCUUUUAAAUUUCCACAGGGAGCUUCUGUUUUGGGAUCCAUCUACUCAAGAACACCAAAGGAGGAUGUGGGAGUUCAUCUCCACAUUUUACAGAUGAACAAACUGAGACCCAGAGAUGUUAAACGACCUCUCCAGGUUCAGCGGGAGAGCUGGGACUGGGACAUAGCUCUUCUGACUUCCAGCCCUUGCACUUUAUUUCCUAACCACAUUAAUUUUAUAAAUAUCUAUGUAGUCAAAUUCUCUUUUGUAAAAUCUGAUUGUAACCUGGACUAAAUAAUGUCUCUGUUAAGCUAAGAGGGCAGAAACUCAUCGUCAUGUUGGUCUUGGGGAACGAAGAGGUAUCGGUCGGUGUUGUGUUGUUAUGGUGAGCUGUAUGUGUCUUCCAGGAAUGUCCAAAGUGAUCAGAGCCACUAGAUGACUUAGUAAGACGUUCAGACUCCACUCCUUCGUUCCUUCUCUCCCAGUAACUGGUCCACGCCCGUGUUUGAGAACAGUGCUACCCCAACCUAGAACGCAUUAGAGUUUGUUGCAUUAAUGAUUGGGUCUCCUCAUGAAAAUUUUUUGCCCAGUGACAGGAGAGCCACAUCUAAGCUAGCCAGGCCCAAGAUAGGGAAUCAUUGAUGGUUCCCAUUUCUGCCCUUUCUAAUUCGGUUGUCUAAUUCGGUUGUCUACUGUGUGCAGACAUCCCCUCCCUGGCUCCUUCAUUCUGGAUGGCCAAGGCCAUCUUUGCCUUGUCUGAUUUCUCUCCCUACACACUAAGACGUCUUCCCCCAUUGAUCUUAACUAGUCUGCUGUCCUUGGAUAUUUUCUGCAGAUGCAGGCUCAGUUUUGCCCUUUUAUCCCCUCGCACUUCUAGAUCUUCUCCUCUGUCUCUCAUUCCUUAGAGUCUAAUUUUUGUAUGUUGUCUUUGAUUAGGACAGCUGGCAGCUUUACACCAAAACUGAAGUCUCUUGUUUAAUCCUAAACAAGGGGACUAGAGGAGAACUGAAGUCCCCUUCCCAUAUCAAGGGACAUGGGUUACCAGCGGGUGAAGGUCUCUAACAGUCCCGCUCGCCUUUCAGAGUUUAAAUUAUAGUCAGGCCUAAGAAGCUCCCGUUUCUGACUGAGUGUGUUUGCAUAGACAUAUCAGUUAAAAUAAAAGCACCCGUUCCAAUGAGGCACCCUGAGAAGACUUUUGUCAUUCUCUCUUGUUUCUGUGGAUGGAUUUUUCGGACGUGGCAAAUAGUAACACACACACACAGCCCCCAUUGUGGAGCCCCAGGGUCGCCAUUCAAAAGUAUGGGCUGUUUGCUUCAAAAUUCAUAACUGAUUUUGUUGUAUUUUUUAAAUGGAAAUAUUUGAAUUGUACAUUCUUUUUUGUUGUUGUUAUUUAAAGAAAAAAUGCUGAGAAUACUACAGUGCGACUGGAGAACACCAAUGGGAUUAACAUAAUGAUAGAAUUAAUCUAAUUUACCUUGGAUACGCUCAUCAUUUGGGAGAGUUUAUUUAACUGUUAACUCAAUUUGGGUGGAGAGGCAUUCUAAUUGGAGUUGAUUACUGUGGGAUUUUUAUAUACACUACGAUGCGUUGUGAGUUAUAGUAACAUAUGAUUGUAAAAUUGGGUAAUUUUAAGUCACAUGAACCCUUUGGAUAUUUUUAUUCCAACUGGAAUGAGUUUGCUGAGAAAUGCUCGUUAACUGGCACUGUUUUUUUUAGGUUGGAUUUUAUUUGGAAAACCUUUGGGGCUGUGUCAAAGAUGGUUGGAAAUCUAAUAGUCCAAGCGGCAAAAAAAGUACUUAAUAUGUUAGAAUUGCAAAGGAGAUGUGCUGUAGCUCACAGAUCACCCCAGGACUUGGAUUGCAACAUUGUUGUGAAUCAUCACUCUGCAAUAAAUGCGAAUUUUUGCUUUAGAAUUUAAUAAA